AUGUCGGCUCUGUCACCGAUGAAAAUUCCGAAUAUUUCUUCCCUCCUCAACUCCACGCUGUCACAACCGACAUCGACGAUGGCUGCGUCGGGCCCGAAGGCGACCAGCAGCGGCGGGAACCUGACGCCAUACUACAACGACGAAGAGGCGUCCCGGCCGCGGUCCGGCUCCGAUGGGCCAUCCGCCCAUCGGAGCGUGACUGUGAGUCAUCACCCGCACGGCCACGGGCCACCUUCGGGCGCCUACCGGUCCCCGGUGGCCAAGAUGUUUGAUUCCGUGUUUGGCAGUGGCCGGAACCGGUCCAACUCCCUGGCUGCAUCGACUGCCAACGAGGAUCACAGACGCAAGAUUGUUGUUCAGCGAAAUUCGUGCUCUGACCUUUCCAGUACGAAUGUAUGUCCAAAAUUUAUCCAAAAGCCCGAAUAUUGCAUCGAUUCAAAUCAGUCGCCGUAUGAUGCUUGGAAUUUGUAG